UACUUUCUGGAAUGUACUUCGUACAAUUGACUGGUCUAUGCGAUACUAUUUAAAUGCAAAUGAUUGUCAUACAAGCCAGAUGAAAUAAUUUAUAUAACAUUUGACUUUUACAUACAUUGAAUUGUUUAAUGGAGCCCCAUGAGCGCAAACAGUUUCCUCUUUUAUCUGUAAAUAAGACCAUCACCAUCUCUGGAAUAAAUUCUUUCAGCAUUAUUAUGGGUAUCUUACGAUUAUUCUUCUCCUCUAUGUUCCUCUUUCCUAUUCUACUUGCAGCAAAGGAUUGCUCGACUUCCAGCUGUGGCAACACCAACAUCACCGUUCGCUUCCCUUUCAUUUUACAAGGUAAACAGCCCGAAAGCUGCGGCUAUCCUGGUUUCAGCCUCAGCUGCAAUAGCCAGAGCAUGACGGUUCUAAAGCUUCCUCGGACUGGAGAAUUUUUUGUGCGGGAGAUCAAUUAUAUUACGCAACAGAUACGUCUCUAUGACCCAGAUAAUUGCCUUGCCAGCAGGCUUUUGAAUUUAAAUCUCUCAGGUUCUCCCUUCAAAGGUCUUUUGCAUCAGAACUACACUUUCUUGAGCUGCCCAACUCAGUUCACUAACUCUAGGUUCACUGUCAUCGAUUGCCUUAGCAACGCCACAAGAUCAGUUUUGGCUACAUCGUCCACGAGUCUUGUCAGUUCCUUGACCUCGGUAUGCAAGAUACUGGUUACCUUGCCGGUUCCAGUUUCGUGGCCAGUUCAGUAUGAUGAAGGAUUCUCAACUGACCUCAAUUAUGACCUUCGGCUAAUCUGGGACACACCAGAUUGUGGAGAUUGUGAGGUAGAAGGCGGCAUCUGUGGGUUCAAAAGCAACUCUAGCGGAGAAAUCGGUUGUUCUAUUGUCGCUCAAAAGGGUAAAUCAAGCAUGGGUCUCCAGAUAUUCAUGAUCAUUUGCCUGUCAAUUGCCGCACCGGCUGUUUCAUGCGCUGUUGGGAUUGCUGUUUUUGCAUGUUUUGCAGACAGGGAUAACCGCACUAGGGCCAGGUCUAGACAGCAGAUCACAAGCCCGGCUACAGUGACACCAGAAACAUCAGUAAUAGUGAAUGGUUUGGAUGAAUCCGUAAUCGAAUCCUAUCAAAAGUUAGUUCUCGGGGAAAGCAGGAGGCUCCCUGGACCAAACGACAUCACUUGUCCAAUAUGCUUUUCUGAAUACUGCAGCAAAGAGACACUGAGAUUUAUACCAGAAUGCAGACAUUGCUUCCAUGCAGACUGCAUUGAUGAGUGGCUUCGAAUGAACAAUUCAUGCCCAGUCUGCCGACACUCCCCAUCCCCUGCUCAUGCUCCUUCAGAUAAUGUUUGAGAGUCUGAGACCUACUAGUAUCACCCCUCUUAUUUCCCGUCAGUUGCCAUUGAGAUUGGCUGGUCUCAACCACGCUUUUCAACACAAUCUGGGAUUUGCACCUUUCUAUACAGCACAAUGGUUAGAGGGUCCACUAGGUCAAAUGCUAGAAUACUGUUAACUGUAUCUUUUACACUUUCCAGCACUGCACUGCACUGCACAUAUGCAAUCUUUCUAAACCGCAGAAGACUUUGCGACACUCAAAACAGAGUUAGAGAACAAGAGAAUAUUCAUUUUUUUAAUUUUUUUUUGUUUUCUUAAAUAGAUUUGCUCCAGUCACAACUAGACGCACAAAGUCCCUUGUAAAAAUGCCACGAAAGGAUACAUAAUAUAAAUGUCAAAGAAACACCUCGUAUUGGAAGAGGAGAUGA